UGACAUCGCUUAUUGCUCGAGGAGGCGCGCAAGCUGCGCGAAAGGGACAAAACGGUGUAGACGCAUUUUCAACUCUCGUCGAUUGUUGGUCGUGUUAUGGAAAAACGUCAACUUCAUCCAAGAAAUGUAUUACCGGAUCGUUUUUUUCGUAUAUGGAUGCACCUGCUGCAGGUUUUCUUCGGUGACCUAAUUCGUUAGUUUACUAAACUAGGUAGUUUGCUGCCAGGAUUAUUUAUGCAAUAGCUGCUGUGACGAAGAAAUUAGCUAGCUAGCUAACAACGUAGCUAACUAAGCUUGCUUGUUAGCCAAACGGGCUCACACACAUUAUUUUACAUUUCUUUUUCGUUAGUCCGGUAUCUCACCGGCUUUACAACUAUCCAGAACUGUGGAUCAUACGCCAAAAAAGUCAAGGAUAUCGUUUGUCUUCGAAUUGUUGAAUACUCUGUUCUCGGCUGGGGCUGCUCCCUCUGACACUGUCCCACGCAGUCAGCAGCAGUCUCAAGCCGGGAGAAAAGCACAGCCGCGGCUAGCUACUUGGUAGCUACCAAGAGACACGGGCCUUGUUGCUGAGGCGACAAUGCUUGAAAUAAUGUCUGAACACCAAGAUUCAUUAUUGAAGUGCAAAACCGAGACUCUGCCUCCAGAGAGGAGAAAGAGGACUGUUGAAGACUUUAACAAAUUCUGCAAUUUUGUCUUGGCAUAUGCAGGCUAUAUCCCCAAUCCGAAAGAGGAAGGCCCAUGGUCUCCGGCAUCCUCCAGCUCCCCACACAGUUCAGCCACGUCCGGGGAGAGUGUGGCCGGUGGCGGCGGCGGCAGUGGGAGCUCCAUGGGGGCCAGCUGGGGGGACGGGGCCAACGACCUGCACACCAUCCACACUUUUGUCCGGAAGGCCCGCGCCAACAAGGGCAAGGGCAUGCGCCGCAUGCAUUCGGACAGCUCCCUGCUGGACAAAAUGCGCCUGAAAGACUCUCUCUAUGACGGCCAGGUGGCCAACAAGGCGGAGCGCAGGAAAGACCGAAAGCUAAAAAGGCUGUCGACGGGCUCCGGCGUCGGCGGCGCGGGCGAAAGUGGCAGCAGUGGCGGGGAGAAGAGGGCCCGUAUCAAGCGGAGCAAAAACCCAAAGCAGCCCAAGGGCCUGAAGAAGCUCAAAAGCUCGGCCACCCAGAGCGAGACAGACUCUGAGACGGGCCAUGCCCACCCCGGGGAGCGCCUGGUCCGAGAGGACCUGACAGGGCACGUGGUCUCCGCCGGGAUGCAGGGGCUGGCUAAGAUGCAGGCGGCGGACGAGUCCAACCGGGAGGCGGAGAUGAGCUCGAGUGAGGGCGAGACCUGGAUAGCGGACGAAGACAUCAUGGUGGAGUCGGGUGACGACUCUUGGGACUUAAUCACCUGUUACUGUGGCAAGCCGUUCGCGGGGCGACCCAUGAUCGAGUGUAACCAGUGUGGCGUGUGGGUCCACCUCUCCUGCGCCAAGAUCAAGAAGUCCAAUGUCCCUGACAUCUUCUACUGCCACAAGUGCAGGGACAGUCGACGGGCCGGGCAAAAGAAAGACCCAUGAAGAGGGGUCAAAUGUACGUUCCCACCCGUGUCCGAUUACAACAAGCAAGAUUUUCUCUGCAAUCCCUAAAGCUGAUUAUUAACCCUUACCUGGACGGCAACUAUAUCGUUAGAGUUCUAGGUUUUCUUUUUUGACAAUCACCAUCUUCACUUAUUCGUGUGGGUUCUUUGUCACCUUCUGCCUCCGUAAAAUGGACAGAAACAGGAGGAUGUUGUUCAUGGGGGGGUAUCUCUUUAUUAAAUGUAACAUACAAAUAGAUACGCCUCUCUUGCUCUGUAGUUUUACUAAAUUUAGACCCCCCCCCCCCCC